CUGUUGACAUUACAAUAUAUUUGAUAUUUUCAUUGUUUAUAUUUCGUAGUAAUUUAAAAGCAAUCAAAUAUUUCAAAUCUUAACGUUAUGCGUAAAAUGGAUGGCGACGAAAAGUAAAUACAUGUAUACAUUUAGAAAAAAAUUACAUUAUAUAAGUGGACAAGAUAGUUCUCGUAAAUAUGUCUUUUAUAACGAAGAGGGAGCGAGUUUUCAACGAAUAUGACCUUUUCGACUUACCAGCUCGUAACGAAGGGAAGUUGAAAGCCUAUGCAUCAUGUACGGAUGCGAGGGCAUGGUCACACUUCUGUUCUGAUAAGAGCGAACACUUGAUAGAGAUUAUAAAAAGGAAUAAUGACACGUGCAGAACUAAGUAUGUGCCAACGAAUGUCAUUGUGGACACAUUAAUGGUCGCUAAAAAUGCUGAAAUUGGUCGGCUCAAACGUAGGAUAGAAGAAUUUGGACAAAUGUUAGCAGCAUACGAUCAGCUCGACCUUACAUGUGAGCAGAAAUGCGAAAUAGCUGGUGCGCAUGCAGCGAUAAAAGCAGCUAACAAAGAACUUGAUGAGUUGUGCUUGGAUUUGGAUUUAUCCGGGUUCACCGAGGGCGUAGACUCGGAUGCUUUUGAGACUGGCAAAUCAAGAGGUGAUGAGUUAUCGAGGUUUAGGGGAGAUGAGAGCGAUAAAUCUCGUGGUGAUGAAUGGCCAUUUGAGAAAGAACCAACUGCAACAAUGGAAAAUAAAGGCAAUCAAAUGGAACUAGAUGAGAUGAGAUGCGACGUGAGCACAUCCGUCACCGAUCCACGAAUACAAGAAAUGCAGGAUACUAUCAUUAGUAAGGAUGCCAAAUUGAACGCUAUGCAAAAUACUAUUGCUGUAAUGGAGAACGACGUUUGUGAACCUUACUGCAUCUACGCCCACAUUUAUACAGCUUUAGAAAAAAUAUUUGCCAUACUUUGUCAAAAUGACAAAUACAGACUAUACCUAAAUCUAAUGAUAGGCGGAAAAGAUACUUGUUGUAUAGACAUAAAAGGGAAAAUACUUUUUAAAUUGAAAGUACUUGAAAAAUUUUGCCUAGCUUUAAUAGCGCCCUGUUCCCAAGAAACGAACUUUGAAUCGCAAGAUUGUUCCUGUUUUCGUGCUGAAAUUACAUUUGCAUUAACGUCAGCUGAAUCACAACAACCAAGUCUAGAUAAUAAAAGAGCUCACCUCGUAGCUGACAUUAUGGAAAAUCAAGAAAUGAAGGAAAUAUUAAGUAAAGACAAUACUCCAGAGAAGAAUAACAUCGAACAAACUGAUGACAAACUUGUUGUAGGCGAGUAUAAUAUAAAUUCCGAAAAUUUGAAAAGAUUGAAAACUUUACAAGAGAAUUAUGAUGAUUUGAUGACUUGUUAUGAGAAUUUAAAACAUGAAAAGAAUUUCUUAGUACUACGUUGCCAAAAAUAUGAGGAUCUCGAAUUAGAGUAUGAAAAUUUGAAAAUUCAACUAAAAGAAUAUAGUUAUUUAUGGAAUGAAAAAGAACAUUAUAGAAAACGAUCAGCGGAUCUUGACUCUUUAAAAGAACAAUAUUUAACUUUAACUGAUGAAACUUCAAAUUUAGAAACACGACUUAGAGCUGAGUGGGAAAUUAACCACAUGAAAACUGAUACAAUAGAAGGACUACGAGCUCAAAAUAUUGCUAUUGAGAAAAAACUGAAUGAUUCUUUAAUUGAUUUUGAAAAAGAGAAGAACAGUUUACAAUGCAAAUUAAAAGAAACUGAAUGUAAAGUGAUGUGUCAAGAACAACAAAUCAAGAGUUUGCAAGUUCAAGUGGAUAAACUUCUCGAACAAGAUAACGACAAGACUAACGAACGUGAUGUCACAUCACAUUCUUUAUUAUUGAUGGAUGAAAUAGAAUUAUUAAAGGAACAUAUCAAAAAUCUUAAAGAUGCAUUAUUCUGUAAUGAAGAAGAAAAACAAAGUUUGCAGUUUGAAUUUGAAGAUAAAUUGAAAAUCAUCAAUGAAUUAAGAAUGGACAUAGAGGACUGGAAAACUACGUACGAAAAAACAAUUCAACAUAAUGAUUAUAUGAAAAAUAAUUAUGAAGAUGAAAUAUUAAGAUUAAAAGAGGAAAAUCAAAAAUUAAUGAAAAAUGUUGAAUUAAGAGACGCAGAAACUAACAAUUUUGUGGAUAUAAUAGAAAAAAAAUCUCAACAAAUAGAAAAACUCAUGGAAGAAAAUAAACAGAAAAAUGAUGAAAAUAUAGAACUAUUUAAUAAAAUUAAUGAAAUUCAAGAUAUUUAUGAUAAUCACAUAAAGUUAAUAGAGACUGAAAAAAAACAAGCUGUUGAGUCAUUUCUGUUAGCGAAACAAGAGAGUAAAGAAUUAAUAGACAAAGUAAACGAUUACAAUGAGCUUGUAAACAGACAACAUAAUAUGACAUUGGCACUUGAAGUCCAAGCUAAAGAUUACAAUGCAUUACAAGAUACACUACUAACUACAAUGGAGCAAAAUAAUAAUUUACAAAAUGACUUGAGAUGUCAAAAAAGUAAUUAUUCUGCAUUAGUUCAAGAAAUUGAAAGACUGAGAUAUGAUAAAAAUGAUGCUGUAAAUAAUAUUUACAAUUUAAGCGAUGAAAAUAACAAAUACAAAACAUCAUUAGAGCUAACCAAAAAAAACAGUGAAAUUCUGAAAAUAGAAUUACGUGAUAAGACAAAUGAACUUGAUAAAGUAAUGCAGUCCAUGCAAUUAUCAAAUACAGAAAAUCAAAACUUGAAAGACGAGUUAAUAAAGCUACAACAAGAAUUUGCUUACAUACAAAGUUCGUAUAAUAAUCUUUUAGUUGAAAAAUCUGCACUCAAAAAUGAAUUAGAUAUCAAAAUACAAGAACAUAAUUGUUUACAUAAUAAUCUGAAAAGUAGAAUAGAUUUUUUAGAAGAUAAUCAAAAAGCAGCUACUAAUAACAUAGCAGUAUUACAAAGUGAAAACGUACAAGCUACAAUAUCAAUAAAAACUCUUCAAAAAGAAAGAGCGUUGUUGAUUGACAAACUUAAAGAUAAUGAAAACUUAGAAAAUGAAAUAGUGAAACUAAAUAUCAGUAUUAAUAAUAUGAGAGAAGAGAAAGACAAAUUAAAUAUAGAAUUAAAUGAAAAAGAUACAUGGUUAGCAAAUUUAAAAGAAAUUGAACAAGAAAACGAGGAUUUACAUAAAGAAAGUAAAAAUUUAUUAGCUCAUAGUGAUGACCUCGAAAAGGCUUUAUUACAUGCAAGAGAUCAGCUCAUCAAUAAAUCUACGACUUCUCACGAUUUCCAUGAUACAAUUUACAAAGAAAUCGAACAAAUGAAAAGGGAAAAACUAGUAAAUCAUAAUAAGAUCAGAGAUCUAUUAGAUAAAUUAGACGAAGCGGACUAUAUCAUAUCUACACUUAAGGAAGAUAUUAUAGCACGCAACGACAGAAUCUCAAUUUUGGAAAAUCAUAUUAAUCAAUUAGAAGAGGAGGUUAAGCAAUUACACAAAGAUGUAGCCAAAGCCGUCGAUACAGGAGAACAAAUAAGUAUCGCAAAUUACGAGAAAAUGGACCAAUCGCUUAAAACAAUAGAAGCCCAUCAUUCAAGAGCAACUCAUGACAUCAAAAUGGAAUUAACUAUAUUACAAAAUGAAAAAUAUAAGCUAGAAGAACAACUUUCGCUAACGGAAAUUAUAUCACAGAAUUCAAUUAGAGACAAAAGUAAAUAUGAGUACCAAAUAAGACGUUUCCAAAAUGAAAGAGAAAUUAUAGUUACCGAUAUUAAACAACUUGAAAUUGAAAGCGUAGGUGAUAGUCUUUUAUGUCCGGAUAAAUGUGACAUUGAAGAUAUUCUAGCAUCACUAGAUCGGAUACGUAAAAUUUUGGAUGAAAAAAAUUCUAAAAGUUGUUCUUUAGAGCAAACGUUAUUGAAAGUUCAAACUUCAUCACAAUUACUCUUAAGUGAGGCUAAAGAAAUUGUAGAAAAAGAGAAACAAAAAAUUAUUAAUGAAAAAGAAGAGGCUAUACGUGAUAGAAUAAAUAUGGAAAAAAAAUUAAAUGAAUUGAAGUAUCAGUUAGAAGAACAAAUAUCUCAGGAUAAAAAUAUUAUAUUAAAUAUGGAAGCUAAAUUACUUAAUCAAAAACUUAUAAGCGAUAGAAUAAACAAAUCCACUCAAGACUAUAUAUCCAAAUUAGAAGAGGAUAUGCAAUCUCUUCAAAAUUUGUAUCAAAGUUCAUCUGCAAAAGUAAAAGAAUUAGAAGGAAAAGUGGAACAUUUAACUGAAGAUAAGAUUAAACAUUUAGAAAUGUUAGACAAAAUUAAAUUGGAAUUAGAACAAAAAUGUGGAGAUAUAUCGGAAUUACAGAGAGCUUUGGAAAAAAUAAAAACCAGAGAAGGUAUGAAUAUUGCGAUUCAGAGUAGCUAUUCAAAUAUUCAAAAAACCGUCGCAUCUGAAACAGAUAAAUAUUUCCAAAACCGUGACAAUAAUAUUCUAUCAUCUAUGGAAUCUGAUAAUUACACAAAUAGUACAAAUGAUAAAUUACAAAAUCAGUCAGAUAUAUUGUUAAACUAUAAUGAUGUACCUAAUAUAGCAUCUAAACAAAAGCCACACUCUGUUAAUGAAGUACAAAUAUUGAGAGCCAAUAUUGAAUCUUCAUUUGACUUCAUUAGGAUCAGUUAUUUGAAUUACAAAAUGCAACGGCUUAGUAUGGGUAACUUAGAACUGUACUCAUUUUCUAAUGAAGAACUGCCUAAUCAAUAUAAUAAUGAAUACGAUAGAACGUUAACAACUGAUGAAAAUGCCGCUAAAAUUCAUACCUCUCCUAAUUUUAUAGAUAUUUACAAUAAAGGAUCUUUACACUUAAAUGCUUCUAAGAUCAAGGAUGACCAAAAAGACAAUGAGAACAAUCAAAAGUCAAAAGUUAGUAAAAGUGCAUUUACUAAUUUAGAUUUUACAGCAGAUAGUUUUGAAACAGAUAGCAAUAAUAAUAGUAAAAAACAUUCCUUGUCAGGAAAAUCUACAGAUAAAGAUCUAUUUAUUAUUUAUAAGGAUAGUGGUAGUACUUAUGAAGAUUUGUUCCAUGAUGAUAAGAAGACAUGGGAUGGGCAAUCUCAAAUAUUAGUUGAAUCUGUAACUGUACAUUCAAAAAAAAUUAAAACCCAUGUUAAUUCUGAUAUACCCGUAGAAAAUCAGAACAAAAAAGGAUAUAAUAUAUGUAUAAAAGAAGAAGAAAAUAAUGAUGAUAGUGUGAAGCCUAAACUUAAUAUAAAUUUACCACGCAUUGAAACACAUAGUCCGACGACGUCGGAAUAUGAUAAGAAAUCGUUAGAUUCGUACACAAUAGCGAUAUACUCAAGUCCCAAUCCGUUAACAAAUUUAUAUAAUAAUAAUAAUAAUAACGGAAUUAUGAAAAAGUCUAUUCAAGAUGUAUUAUCUAUACCUACUAACUCUAAUAAUGAAAAUUAUAAUACAGAUUCAAAUCUAUCAUUAAAGAUGUCAUUACAGGAUAUUCUACAAUCUACUAAUGAAACAACUGAAAUUGCUAAUGAAAAUAACUAUAACUUUUCUAAUGAAUCUUGUCAUAAACUUGUUCGAGUCAGUGCUGAUGUAUUUGUAAUCAAAUCUAAAGUUAAUAUUAAAAAUUUAGCCGACAAAAGUAAUUAUGAUAUUAAAAACAAACGAUCACUAGAAAAUUUUGGACUUCAAUACAUUUUGGAUAGUGUUCAGCAAGAAACAAAUCCAGAUAAUAAUGAGAUAAAAUCCUCUGUUAAAGUAUUUAGAAAAAGUAGAAGUGACGAAAGAUUUAGUAAAAACAAAACACCUGAAGGAAGUGAAUCUAGUCCAUCAAAGCUAAGUCAGUUAAAAUUGUCUUCUAUGGAAUAUAAAACUACAUCAAAUACAAGUGCAAGCAAAUCCAGUAAUGAAAGCAGAACAAAAUCGUUUGUCGAACAAAGUGUUAUGGCUAAACUAGAAGAUACUGAAAAUUACGACAUUAAAAUACAAUAUUUAACAAAAACUUUGGAUAAUAUUGAAAACGACUACAAGAAAAAAAUUGAAGUUAUUAAAUUACAUUAUGAUAGCAAUAUAAAAAGCAUAAUAAAUAAACAUAACGAAGGUGUCAAAAGCAUACAGAAUUUACAUGAAGAAACGCUUCAAGAUAUAAUCACAAGACAUGAGAGUGAAGUAGAAAACUUGAGAACUUUCAGUAUUGAAGCCAUGAGAAGAUCAGAUAAGCUUGAGAAGGAAGUAAGAAAGUUAAAGAUGAAAAUUCAAGGUCAUAAUUCAUGCUGGGAUAUCGAUUCAUUAAAAAUAAACGGACUUGAUACGAAGAAGCGCAGGAGAUCUAGAUUCGAUACUAAAAUGCUUACCAAAACAAAUAUAGAGGCUUUUGAUGUUAAACCGAAAUCUCGACGACAUGGACCUUGCACUUGUUCGCUUGAUAUCAACAUAUCAGAUACGAUAAGGAGCAUAUUUGAUCAAGUUGACGUCGAACAAAGGAGAAUAGCUGAAAAUGCCUAUGUGAAGUAUAUUGCUAAUAAAAUGUUAAAGAGCACUGUUGAGGCUUUGGAUUCUCAAGAGUUAUCGUUUUUGCAUUUAAAAGUGUGUCGUACUUGGAAAACAAAAAUGAGUAAAGAGGAAGCUCUACAAAAGAAAAUAAACUCGCUAGAAAAUGAGCUUAUAAACAAACAAUGCUCCACUCAACAACACAUUGCAGAAUUAGAUCGCAAAGUGGCAGAAGAGAGACGUCGACUACAAAAAGUGCGCGAGGCGAUUUUCCGAACACCACCAACAAUCUCGCGCGACGUCAGUCCAGAUGUCAACGCACACGAUGAGCCGCCUCCACUGAUACCUACUGCAUCAGAGAAAGACUUAAUGUGUAAUUCCAAUGCUACCUCAUGCAAUGUGGAAAAGAAAAAUGAAUGCAGUAAAACUGGUGCCUCUAAUUUUGAGAUUAAAGAGAGAAAGUCAGCUGGGGAUCUUGAAACAGGCCACGUGAACAGUUGUUACUCUAAACGCACUAGAACUGAAUCAAAUAGAGCGGUCUUGGGUAGACUAGAUGCUGAAGAACGACGCGAAAAAAGGAUUUACAGUGAGGAAACACCAACUCGCUUACGUCGGCCCCGUGCAUCCCACGACACCGAACGAAAAACGACCCAACGAUUGUCUAAACCUAACACCCGCACAUGACCUUACCAGAAUAGAUAUUCCAAUGUAUAAACACAGAAAGGAAUCGUUGAUUCUAAUCUGAGAAGAACUGAAUAAACUCUAAAUCUAGAAAAAUCUAGAAAAUUUGGUAAACAAAAUUAUAAAAUAAUUAACACGGUGUGAAUGUACUGUAAACGGUUUGUAAACUAAAUUGUCAAUUUUUUUAUUUAUUUUACAUAUAUUUUUGUUAACUUAUAUUUGUAUUUUAUUUAUUAC